CAUCAAAACUUCACUGGUACCAUCUCGGCCAUUGACUGCAACGCAAGAGUCGUCGGCGCAUCCUCACUUCCCGUAAGCAUUUAUCCUCCGUAUCUCACAGUUCUUGCGGCGCUUCGAGGCGCCGUCUUACCUUUCGAAACGUAUCAUCGGCUAAAUGAGUUAUCCCAGGCGCCAGAUUUCUUUCUCGUCUUGCCAUCAUGCUCGCAGAAAUGAUGGUGAUGGCCGCUCCCAAGCCACCCACCGAGCAACAAACCAAACACAAGACGCCCAUCAAACGACCCGUUGAACAAGCAGCAAACACCGUCAUCACAGAGGUUGUUGGACAAUCCGAAACCAUCUCCGACACAAUGACACGCUCGACAAAUCUCUUUGACCUGCCUCUGGAGAUCCGUUUGAUGAUCUACAAGGAAGCACUCCCAGCUCAUCACACCAAAGUACCCACGCUACUGCUUUGUAGUCUGCGAAUCUACCAAGAAGCAUCAUCACUCUGUACUCGUGUACUAUCCCUUGAGUUCUUCGGGGGCAAUUACUGCCACUAUCCGGAUUUCAAGACGCAAGCACAUCGUUUUCAAAUCGUCGCCGACCGUGUCAAGAAGGCAUCUUCGACUGGUGUUCCCAUCAGAUUCGUCAUUGAAGUGCGAUGCGGCGGUAGACACAAUUCACUCGCCAUUUUGCAGCCCGUUGUCAACAUGAUCCACUCUACACCUGCACUUCAGAUCGAUGUUGUGCCGCACAGCUCAGCAUGCAUGACUUGUAACGACUCGGGCCCUGGUUCUGGUAACCAGCAGAAGACUGUCAGACAAAUCAAAGACUUGUUUGACCGAGUCAUCAGCGACAGAGAGAACGGCUUUAUUCGUGCCGCCGCAUAUCUUGCACCUUCUUGAUUGUGGUCGCCAUGCUUGCUCUGAAG